AGUGCAGACAGACUUUCGAGCUUCACCUGCUGGCCGGUCUCCUCUCUCUCGCUCCUUCCUUCUCCCGCCUCCUGUUGCUCCCAGUGUUCGGGACUCCUGCCUCCCGCUCGCUAUUUCUCUCGCUCUCGCUCGCUCUCAGUCUGCUGCCUUCUGCCUGCUUCUGCCUGCGUGUGCCUGCCUGCCUGCCUGCCAGCGUCCUGUGCACCAGCACCCCUCCCCGGCAAGUCUCUGUAGAUUUCAUGGUUGAGAAGGAGGAGUUCAAGGGAUCGAAGAUGGAUCGUAGAGCUUCACGAUUCAAACGAAUCUGUGUCUUCUGUGGAAGCAGUAAUGGGAAGAAGACACUGUACCGCAAUGUAGCUCUGGAUCUGGGCAAGGAAAUGGUGAAGCGCAAAAUUGAUCUGGUUUAUGGAGGAGGAAGCGUCGGUUUGAUGGGCCAGAUUGCGCACACAGUCCACGACGGAGGCGGUCAUGUCAUUGGUGUUAUUCCGAAGGCGCUCAUGCCUCAGGAGGGUGGCCGGCAUUUCAUCAGUCCACUGUUCAUGCCAGUGCACUGGCGUAUGAUAUUGACAAGGAUGGCAACAAAGAAAUUGCCCUUGCUACAUUCAACGGGGAAGUCUUGUUCUUCAGGUUUGGUGGUUACAUGCUGACUGAGAAGCUGGUCGUGCCUCGACGGAAAGUCCGGAAAGAUUGGUAUGUAGGACUUGAUCCCGAUCAUGUCGAUCGUUCUCAUCCAGACGUUCAUGGUGACGAAUACUUGAACCAUCAUGAUCUGUCCUUGAAUGGUAGCGAGGUGCAUGUGUCACACGGUGGUAAACUUGUGGAUGAAACAGACGAGGAUCAUCAUGAUAUGAUGAAUGGUGCUGGUGACCACGUUGACGACAAAACUACAGGGACCAAGGGUUCAGACUCUUCUCUCAAUACAACUGUCAACGGUGCAGAUGCCCUUAACCACGUUGAAAAUAUCACUGGAGAUACCAAGGGUUCAGACUCUCCUCUCGAUACAACGAACCAUACAACAAGUGGAACUGAACAUGAUACAACCAAAUUGAAGGUUGACUCCACUGUUUCUCAAGAUGGUUUGUCAACUGGAGGCAUAGAUCUACUCGCGGCGAAAGCUGGAGCAGAGAAGCAGGAGCCGAAGGCAAAUACUCGUCGCCGGUUGCAACAAGAAACCAAAGAUGAUAGCGAGAAAGAUGAUGUUGAAAAUAAAACCAACCAAGACGAUGUUGCAACGGCAGAAGAAGAUCAAGACGCGAUGGAAGAAGAAGCAAAAGCUUCCUUUGACGUAUUUAGGGAAGAGGAUGAAAAUGGCGAAGAUGGUCUGACAGAGGAGUAUGACUAUGACUAUGAUGAUUACGUUAAUGAAGGCAUGUGGGACAACAAUGAGUGGGACGAAGGUGCUCAUGAGAAAAUUGAAGACUUUGUCCAAGUUGAUGCACACAUCCUCUGUACUCCGGUAAUUGCUGAUAUCGAUAAUGAUGGAGUUGACGAGAUGGUUGUUGCCGCAUCUUACUUCUACGAUCGUGAGUACUACGAAAUGCCAGAACACGCGAAGGAGCUUGGGGAUCUGGAUUUAGGGAAGUAUGUUGCUGGGGCCAUCGUCGUCUUUAACCUUGAAACGAAACAAGUCAAGUGGGAUACUUAUCUUGACUUGAGUGUUGAUUCUACAACUUAUCGCGCCUAUAUAUACUCUGCUCCAAGCGUAGUGGAUCUUGAUGGCGACGGACAGCUGGAGAUUAUUGUUGGCACGUCGAUGGGUUUUGUAUAUGUCCUUAAUGCUAAUGGAACCUCGAGGAAGGGGUUUCCUCUGCAGAUGGGUGAAAUUCAAGGUCAAGUUGUAGCUGCUGAUGUUAAUGAUGACGGUAAGAUUGAAAUUAUCACUGCUGAUGCGAAGGGCACGGUAGCUGUUUGGGAUGGAGAUGGGAAAGAGCUGUGGGAAGUUCACUUGAAGAGUCUCAUAUCUCAGGGUCCAACAGUGGGGGAUGUAGACGGUGAUGGACACACAGAUAUAGUUGUUCCAACAACCUCUGGAAGCAUUUACGUUUUGAAAGGACAAGACGGUUCACAUGUUGGCCCGUAUCCUUUUCGCACUCACGGGCGCGUGAUGUCCCCUGCACUUUUGGUCGAUCUGAGCAAACGGGGUGCUGAGCGCAAAGGACUGACUAUUGCCAUUGGAUCUUUCGAUGGAUAUUUCUAUCUGAUUGAUGGUCCCACGGGCUGUGCGGAGGCGAUUGACAUCGGGGAGACAACCUAUAGCAUGGUACUCGCAGAUAAUGUGGAUGGUGGUGACGACCUGGACUUGAUAGUUACUACAAUGAACGGAAAUGUGUACUGUUUUCAGACUCCGGCUCCUCACCACCCACUCAAGGCAUGGCCGUCGCAGACGCAAGGCAGGAAUGUACUGGCGAGUCGGCAUCAGCGGGAGGGAAUUUUUGUUGUGCCUCGAUCGCGAGCAUUUCGAGACGAAGCCGGCGACAGCUUCCAUGUAGCUUAUGAGAUUGUAGAUAAAUAUCGCCCGAAUGGGGCGGUCCAAGGGGCCUACCAAGUUAAGGUCACGUUGAUGACUCCUGGAAAUUAUCGAGGUGAAAAGAGGAUUACAUACAACUAUACUCACGACAACCCUGGACUUUACAUAGCCACUUUACCCUGUGUUGCUACACGUACCGGUGGAACUGUCCUGGUGGAGAUGCUUGACAAAAAUUCCCUAUACUUCCAGGAUGAGUUCGCAUUGACCUUUCACAUGCAUUACUAUCGACUUCUCAAGUGGCUUCUGACUUUGCCUCUUUUAGGCAUGACCGGUAUGUUUCUUGUUUUCCGGCCUCAAGAAGGUGCACCUCUUCCAUCAUUUACGAGAGAAAGACAUCAACUCUAGAUAUUGGUGUUUCCCUUAACAACUCACAAAUUCUUUGGAGGCCAUGUAGACAGCUGGGACCUUGCUCGAGGAGAAACACAUCUGAAAAGUGUGUUUCAGCAAGAUGGCCGUAGUUGGUUCCUCAUUUACUCUUUCCUAGACCAUGUUUGGUAGCUAGUAGAUUAUCUAUUCAACCAGAUACAAAGAAACAAAGAUUCAUGUCUCAAGGUAGCCUCAAAAGACUGCGGUGUCAGCUUCCGCCGAUGUAUUUUGUCCUCGCGACUUAUUUCAGCAGUCACGCCGGUAACAAGAAAUGAAAUUUCAACUUAAC